AUGCAAAUUUUCGUAAAGACCCUUACCGGGAAGACCAUCACUUUAGAGGUCGAGUCAUCAGACACCAUUGACAAUGUUAAGUCCAAGAUUCAAGACAAGGAGGGAAUUCCACCAGAUCAGCAAAGAUUGAUUUUCGCUGGUAAACAAUUAGAGGAUGGUAGAACCUUAUCUGACUACAAUAUCCAAAAGGAAUCAACUUUGCAUUUGGUCUUGAGAUUGAGAGGUGGUGGUAAAAAGAGAAAGAAGAAGGUUUACACCACCCCAAAGAAGAUCAAGCACAAGCAUAAAAAGAACAAGUUGGCUGUCUUGACAUACUACAAGGUUGACAAUGACGGAAAUGUCGAAAGAUUGAGAAGAGAAUGUCCUGCUCCAACUUGUGGUGCUGGUAUUUUUAUGGCUGACAUGAAGAACAGACAAUACUGUGGUAAAUGUCACUUGACCUUGAGAGCUAACUAA